GAGAACAAGAACUGUUCAAUUUUCUACAAGGAGAAUCAAAUCCUAAUAUUGCUCGAUUGCAAUGUGCUGUUGUGGCAGGUUGCCCACAAAGAGCGUUCAUUACCCUCCAACAGCCUGUGCUGAAGAAGAAACAAUCACCGAAGAAGCAUCUGGAAGUUCAGGACCAGUACCACAAUGAAAGCCGGACCCCCGUAUUUUGUUAUGUAGAAUGGGAAAAAGCUGUUUUAGUUG